AUGGCUUUUAAAGUGAGUUUCGUCGCAGCAAUUUUGGCCCUGUCAGUUUUAUUCAACGGGGAAGUCGACGCUGACGGUCACGCGCACUCUUUCCAACAUUUCCACGGACCUGUGAUAGGGGAUGCUCAAGAGGUGACUUGGAAAGACAAGCACGGUCACCACCAUCACGAUUACGUGGCACAUCCGCACUACGAGUUCUCGUACGGCGUCGAGGACCAUCACACCGGCGACUAUCAUGGCCAGAAAGAGCAUAGAGACGGCAAAGAAGUGGUCGGCGAGUACACAAUAAAAGAGCCCGGCGGUAACGUUCGUACGGUGAAAUAUCGCGCUGGAAAGGAUGGGUUUUUCGCUCACGUUAUCAACAGCAACGGCAACGACCACGACGGAGGACACCGGCAUUAAUCGAAACGUUGUUCCAUCUGUUGCCAAAGAUUUCUUGUUACGUUGCUAUUGUUGUUCGUUAUGCAACGUUGAUUGUUCCGUUUUUUUUUUUCUUUAUUGCGCUGAUUAAAAAGAGACAGAGAGAGAGAGAGAGAGGGAGAGGGAGAAGGAAAAAAUACAAAUCGAAACAUUCGCGAGUUCAAUUCGUUCCAAAUCACUUGCCCAAUUAGCACCAAUAUCGAGGGGUGGUCCGAUCGUAGAAACUCGGAGGCCGGAAUCGAAAACCGAUGUGCGCGGAAACCGAUCGAGAGGCGCCGCGAUUC